AUGUCUGACCUUUGCCCCGUCUACGCCCCCUUCUUCGGCGCCAUGGGCUGCACGAGCGCCAUCGUGUUCACAUGUAUCGGUGCUAGUUACGGAACGGCGAAGUCAGGCGUCGGCAUCUCCGCCAUGUCCGUCCUGCGUCCCGACCUCAUGAUGAAGUGUGUCGUCCCGGUUAUCAUGGCUGGUAUCAUUGCUAUCUACGGCCUCGUCGUCUCCGUCCUCAUUUCCGGUUCGCUGGCCGUUCAAAUGCCCCUCUUCGCCGGCUUCAUCCAGCUUGGUGCCGGUCUCUCCGUCGGUCUGGCCGGUCUGGCCGCUGGCUUUGCGAUCGGUAUCGUCGGUGACGCGGGCGUUCGGGGCACUGCGCAACAGCCAAGGCUCUUCGUCGGCAUGAUUCUUAUCCUCAUUUUCGCCGAAGUCUUGGGUCUUUACGGCCUCAUCGUCGCCCUCAUCAUGAACGGCGCGGCGACAUCCGCCAUCAGCGAGAACCUGUGUUAA